UUGUAGUAAUCGCCCCUUACAGCGCAGUUGGGGUAAUGAUAUAUACUUAGCAAAUACUGAGGCUUUGUGUCGUAUUUGUUCUGCACGAUCACACUACAGGGCGUCGACUUUCACGUGGGGAGAGUCCUAAAAUAGCCCGGCCAGACGCCACGGUCCUUCCGCAGUCCUAGCGAGAAAAAUACCUCAUCCAACAACUCAAGAAACAAACCUUCAGGCAAACAAAACAACCUUGUGUGAGUCGUUCGAUGACCGGAAACGGAAGUGACGUACCUGGGUCAGGUGGCCGCGGGUUGGCGGCUUGUGCCCUCCCGACGUCACCCGGCCAGAUAACCAAACAAUGACGAGAUGUCCUACGCAAACUUACCGGUCAAUUAUUCCAAUAACAGACCUGUCUCCGGGAGUCCAUAUUAGGGGCGGGAGUUCCUGUUAAUGACUCGCAUUAAGAUAUAAAAGUCGCCCCUCUUGUAGAGCCGAUCAGUUUAUUUGCGGAGAGCCCAGAAGGUCGCGGAGGGUAGAGACGCAGCCACCGGCUUUACUUUGAGAAAAGUUAACUUUUCAGUAAGCAAAUUAGCGCUAGGGUCCGAGAGGUGAACUUUAGACUUAACAGACAGAGCAGAACGCGUGGUAAACAUCCAGGGAAGAUGGCCAAGCUGGCGAGCUGGGCAGUUUUAGUUCUAGUCGCAGUUCUGACGAGAGAUGGUGGCAACGCCGCUCCAGUAACAGAGCGAGUCACCAACUUCAGCCAAAAGGACGACCCACUGAGUUACCUGGUGCAGUUUGGGUACGUGGAGAAGCCAGCUGACGGCAGACUGUCCAGUAUACGACAGGGUAGUCUCACACAGGCAGUCAGAGACUUCCAGAGGUUUGCUCAGCUCCCUGAGACAGGCGUGUUGGACGACAGGACUGUCGACAUGAUGAGGAAGCCUCGCUGUGGUGUGCGUGACGUCACACCGGCAGAGCGCCUGCGCAGAGACACGGGCUUCCAGAUCACAAGGAGCAAGAGAUACGCUUUUGCAGGAGACUACCGUUGGAAUAAGAAUGACCUGACCUACCGGAUAUGGAACUACACACCUGACCUUUCACCCUCCCAGGUCAGGGAGGCCAUCAGACGGGGCUUCCAGGUGUGGAGUGACGUCACACCGCUCAGGUUUCGCGAAACGACUAGUUCUAAUGCCGACAUCAACAUCCAGUUCUCCCGGUUUGACCACAGAGACGGGUACCCGUUCGACGGCAGAGGCGGUACCCUGGCCCACGCGUUCUACCCCGAAGACGGCCGAACACACUUCGACGAGGACGAACAGUGGACAGACGGGACGUACCAGGGCACAAACCUCUUCAUCGUCACUGCGCACGAGAUCGGACACGCCCUGGGCCUGGCCCACUCCUCGUACCCAGGGGCCCUCAUGGCGCCGUUCUACCAGGGCUACGACCCGAGCUUCAAGCUUCCCGUGGACGACACGCGCGGCAUUCAGCAGCUGUAUGGAAUGCCGGACGUAUCGAGGCCGCAGCCACCGGUCAGGCCCGACCCCCCGAGGCCCGAACCGCCUGUAAGGCCCGACCCCCCACGGCCCGAGCCCCCGGUACGGCCCGAGCCGCCCAGGCCCGGCCCCCCGAAGCCCAGACCCGAAGUGCCGGACACCUGUUCAUCGGACUUCGGAGCCAUCUCGAUGGGUCCAGACGGUUUGACCUACGCCUUCAAAGACAAGUACAUGUGGCGGAUCAACGACUACGGCGUGGAGCGAGGCUACCCCAAGCCUACCCGGGACCAGUGGCCCAAGCUGCCGCGCGGCAUCCAGGCCGCCGCCUACUCCCGCUGGAGCAGCAGGAUGUACUUCUUCAAGGGCGACCGUUACUGGCGUUACUAUGGUUACCAGCUGGAGUACGGCUACCCGAAGCACAUCGCGGGAACCGGUCUUCCCAAGAACCCCAAUGCAGCCUUCGUCUGGGGGGCCAACGGCAAGAUCUACAUCUUCAAGAGUAACCGUUACUACCGGUUUAACGAGUACACGGGCCGGGUGGACCCCGGCUACCCGAAGCGGAUCCGCCAGGCGUGGGGAGGGGUGCCGGACAGGAUAGACGCCGCGCUGCAGUGGCGCAACGGCAAGACCUACUUCUUCAAGGGAGACAGCUACUGGAGAUACGACGAUAACGCUAGGAAGGUCGAGUCAGGCUACCCCAGGUCCAAGGCCCUCGCCUGGAUGGGCUGCGGCAACCGCGCCAUCCCGGACAAACUCACCGUCCCAUCAGCCACCGCGCAGCGUGUCCCGGCAGGCACCGCGCCACGCCCACGUCACCGCAUGCGCAAGAACAGAGGCCAGCGUAUGGCACCCUAAAUGUACAUGAUUUUAGACUUCUUUCAUGACAGGGAUCAAUUCGUUCAAUAUUUGUAUAGAACUUAUAAUUCUAAUUCUUAAAGUACCAGUGUUGUGCUAUGAUAUUAAAUAGACGACGAUUUUCAGUUUAAUAGGCAGAAAAUAGCUCCCAAUUGCGCUGUGCGCUGUACUGAAAUGGGUGAUAUAUAUAUACACAUAUA